AUGGUGGAAGUUUUACUGGGAGUUCGGAGGGGCAUGACAGUGCUCGGCAAAAUUCCGGUGCCGAGGCCUGUCAAUCUUCCAAGCCAGAGAGGAACUGUUACGUGGGGUAACGCUGCUCGUUCUCCCCCGACUUCGACAAACAACUGGGGUGGUGGUAACGGUUCACAGCCAUCAUCGCCACCUGUGAGUGCUGGUGCAUGGGGUUCCAAGCCUGCAUCAGCAUGGGGGCCGAACUCUACACGACCAUCUUCCGCUGGCUCCACAAGACCAUCAUCCGCGGGAGGUGCGCAUCCUUCGUCUAGUGUGCUUCGACCUGCGUCUGCCGGGGGUAGGCAUCCACAAGAGCUAGCUCGUCCAUCUUCAGCUGGGAACCAAGACCUUCCUCCACAGAAUGCCUGGGGUCCUGCAAAUCGUCCUUCCACUUCUUCAGGAACACAAGCUAGCAGUCAGCCUUCGAAUUCACGCCCACGGAGCGCCGAGGCGAGGCCGAACGGUCGAGUGUCUCUUCUGACUUCUGAGCUCGCACGUAAUGGUCCGCAGCCAUGGGGGCCUUCGGCAUCACGGAAAUCGGUUCGUAGCUUCUACACCGUUUGCUACUCACCAUCCACGUAUAAUUCUUACAGCAGGACGAGGUGCCUCAGCCGUCCCGUUUUACUCUCACGACUGGAGAUUUUCCUACGCUUGGGAGAACGUCCUGAGCACGUAGACGAACGUCCUGAAGAAAGACCACCUUCGCAUCAGUAUGGUACGCGUGUUUCUACAUUUUCUUGCUUACUAAGGAAAUUGAUUGCUAUAGAUGAUGGUUAUCCUGGACAAGGUCCACGCUUCAAUGACCACCCGGAGGGUGCCAACGGCUGGGGUCGGGGUCCUUUCAGAGGGCCUCCCGGGCCUGGUAUGGAAGGAGGAUAUGGAAUGCCGUCGAAUAGCUGGCGUCGGGAGCCACCACCCGAUGGCGAAGACCACUGGCCUCCAAGUGGACCAUACGGACCUCCCAGGUUCCCAAAUCCAGAGUUUCUUCAUCAAAGGUUUGGUCCGAGCCCUCCAGCUUCCUACGGUCAGCCCGGUGAUGGCUAUGGUCCUCCACCGUUCAUGAGGCCAAUGAAUCCGGAACGUCCUGGUUUCGGCCCGGGAAUGUUUCCAGGGCAUUACGAUGGGUACUACGGCUAUCCUCCAAGUUACAACAUGGAUGAGAGAGAAAUGAUGAUGUGGGGAGGACCAGGAGGAUAUGGCGGUUUUCAUCCUGAUUUUCCCAGGCAUCCAAUGGGACCAAGGCCCCGUCAUAUGCCGAACCAUGCAGUCUUUGAAAAGGAUGGGGAAGGCUUUCAUUCGGAGUUCAGAGGUGGUGGAAAGAUGAAAGAAGGAGACAAUGGGGAGUUCAGGAGAGAACCAGUGAACAAGGCUGCAAACGAUGCAAAGAGGUCCACGAUGCAUCCUCCCAAGGCUGAACCAGUAGUUCCGGACGUGGCCAUCCUAAAAAAGCCACAGCCUAUCAAGGAAAAGCAGGAGGAUGGAGACUCAGUUGACGCACCUCGCAUUGCUGACAAAAAGGAAGAAAUCAUUAAAGCUGAGGCUGUGGCUCCUCCAUCCGAGCCUACUGAAACAACCGCAGGUGUUCUUGGAAAGGGCCCUGUUGCCAUAGUUGACGAGAAGCACGGCGAACAGGUGCUUAAAGAUGGUGUCAAGUCAAAGCCCAAGACAGCUGCGGCCCACGAGUCCGAAAAGGAGUGGAGGCCUAAGCUUCAUGCGACGGAUUUGAACGUUUAUGAUUACGAGGCUCAGCGUGCAAAGAUGAAAGAGAUUGCUGCUCAAAGAGCAGAACAGCUUCAGAAAGAAGAGGAAGAACGAAUCAAAGAACAGAAAGCAAAGGCAAUGGCUAAGCUUGAGGAGCUUAAUAGGCGUUCAACAGGCGCUCCUACUGAUACCACUGAUACUCCAGUUGAAGCGAAGGCUUCAGGAGUAAGUAGUAAGCCCGAGCAUGGAAAGCGAGGUGGCAAAGGAAGCAGAGCGAGAAAAGAGAGGUCGAAAGGACAGUCCAAGAAAGACGUGAACGUGAAUGCCGCUGAAACUCCACCGCCUCCGAAAACAGACGCCGUGGAAACUCCGGUACGAGAUGGGCGAGAUGACGUAGUCCAAGACGGCGGAGCAGCCCAAAGCCCGAGACAAGAUGCCCGGGUCCAAAGUCCGAAGCAAGAGAACCGGCUCCAAAGUCCGAGACAAGAUGGCCGAGCUCAAGAAGCCCGAGUUCAGAGUCCUGCCGCGCAGGAAGAGGUUCCGGCCGAAGAAAGAAACGCGACAAAAGGGAAUGGUGGCAGAAGGCUUCCGAGGAAGCCAAAGAGGAUAUCGUCCAAGUCCCAGGACGUACGAGUUAGCGACAAGCAGCACGGAGCUGAGAAUAUGAUCUGGGCGCCUGUGCGUAGUACUCUCGACCAGCCGCAGCAGCCUCCGCCUCCGCCACCACCAGGGCCACAGCCACAGCCACAGGCUUCCAAGCAGCACCAGGCUCCGGCUUCUCGUCCCCACGACAAGGAACGAGAGCGGCACGAGAGGUCCGAGAGGCACGAAAGGUCCGAGAGGUCCGAGAGGCACGAGAGGCACGAGAGGCCCGAGAGACAUGAAAGGUCCGAGAGACACGACAGGUCCGAGAGGCAUAGAGACAACGGCAUGGUUUAUCAGCAGAAGUCAGGAAACGGCGGCGGCGGCGGCGGCGGCGGCGGUAGGCAAGGCCACGAUCAUCAUCCUCAGCCGCAAGACAAAGCAACAGUUCAUGCGGAAGGCGGUGGUGGCGGUGGUGCUGCUGCUGGAGGUGGUGGUCAUCAGAGGCCACAGUCGGCUGGCUCCAGGUUUGGGCAUAGAGAGCGACCAUUCUCGUCUGAGAGCGCAGCAGCAGAACCCGCAGAACCAGCAGAACCAUCAGCAGCAAAACCAUCACCAACAGCAGCAUCGAUCCGGAAAACCCGAGCAUGGAAGUAA